AUGAAUUUCAGACGUCGGGCGAACGAAUGAAUUUUUACGGGCAGAGCGCAUCUACCACAGUCACCCAGAUGGAGUAAAUAUAUAUAUACCUUCAAGCGGUACAAAUCAAAAUAUUUGAUCAAUGCGUUUUUCCUUUUGUAAUUCGUUUGCCUGGCUUGAUAAUGAAUCGCAAUUGUCUCGUUAUGUCUUAAAGUGCAAACGCUGGAAACCCGUAUAUUGCAGUUGCGCUUCCCGGAUGGUUUAUCCCCUGCUAACCUGCUACCUUACUAGCAACAUUAAAGGUUAGUCUAAGGCCCGAGGACGCAGCUUCGUGGGGCUCGUCUUUGCAAAGGAGGCUGACAAGGACUGUGGAUUUUUGUACAGAACCGCAGGCGAUGUGUAAAGUGACGAAGGGCAGUGGGAUCUGCAUGUUAAAUGAACGGAAAGAGGCGGCUUAUUCUUAUUUCCUUCCUUAGGCCUCUGUUUCACUUAUCUGAAUUAUCUGACUGAAAACCACACCACGGAGCGCAGAUAAAAGAGUCAUCAGACACCAAGUAACGAAGCAGCGCAUCUGACGGAAGAACAAGCAGAACCGGCGAGGAGAGGAGCGGCGUUUGGGUGCUGAUGAGAAGGAGCGAGAGAAGUGCAACGCAGAUGAAAAGUUUGAUGCAACUAACAGGCACAUGAGAGAAUCAGUGGAGUUGACACUGACUGAAUUGUGUCUCACACCGCGCAUCGGCAAGACGCUGAGGUGUACGGACGGAUGGGUGCUCCGGUCUCCUUCCCAUCCCAGCUCCGUAGCAGCUUGCGAUGGUAACAUUCGUAACCGAGCACAUCAAGAGCCCGAGUCUGGACAGCGAAACGCGCCGCACGGCUUUCUCCCCUGAUCUGUGUACAGUGGACCCCGACAGCCCAGGAAUUUGCCGUUCCACAUAUGGAUUGAUGCCAGAAAGCAGCUAUUGGCAGCUGUGCCCUCCUCCCAAGCCUGGCCUGCAGGGGGCGCUCAGCUCCAGUUUCCCCCCUAACCCGGUUCCCCUGGGCCCUCCCACGGCCUCCCUCCCCGAGAGGGAUGGCUCCCGGCAGCUUGCGGUCCCCAGCCCUCCGGCAGGCGGCCCACCCCUGGGCGGAGCUCCGGCCCCGCCUCCGGUCCCCCCGCCGCCCCCGGUUCCGCCGGCCCCCCCGCCUCCCUCCAAGCGGCACUGCCGCUCGCUGUCGGUACCCGAGGACCUGGCACAGUGCCGCCUCACUUGGAGGCCCAGCGCCUCCAAGAUCUGGACGCCGGUAAAGAGGCGCUGCCAGAGUGGGGAGUGUGCAGGGGGGGCGUGUCCUCUGCGGGCGUCGCCCAAGCCGGCUCUGCACUCCUCCUCCAGCCCCACUUUCUACAGCCUGGCACUGAGCCCCGACUCGCCGCUGCCCUGGGGUUUCCCCUGGGAUCCUGCCGACGCCUCCGCCACCACCGCCGUCGCCACUGGCGGCAGCAGUAGCUGCUGCUGCUUCUUCGCUCCGCCGUACUCCUGCUCCUCCUCACCCUCCGCCCUCUCCGCGCCACCAGCCGCCCAGCGCCGCUUCUCUCUCUCACCGGUGCACAUCCUGGAGGCCGCCGCCCACUUCCUGCCGCCGGGCCCGGCCCCGCCCCGCGCCGCCUCUGCCGCUGCUGCCGCCGCCCGCCCGUGGGCUGUGCCCCCGUCGCCCUCGUCCGCCUGCAGCACGCCCUGCUCGCUGCGCCGCGCCACGCCACCGCAGCACCCUCGAUGCCACUCGCAGCCCUGCGAUCUGCUCCUGCGCAAGCCGGGCCUGAAGCGCCGCCGUGACCCGGAAACGAGGCCCUGCGCCCGGCCCGAGCUCGACUUCAGCAAGAUGACGCAGACUCGGAGUAGUGACCCGCUGAGCCUCAUGGAACAAGGCAGGCUGGGCUACAGCGAGGACUAUGGGGGCGCGGAGCCAUUUUGGAGGGACUUCCGCGGGUCGUUUUCCCCGGCUGAGGGGCUGGGGCGAACGAGCAUCGGGCCACUGAGCGAGAGCGAAGAGGAAGGGGAGGAAGAAGAGGGCGAGGAAGAAGAGGAGGAGGAGGAGGAAGCUAAAGGUAGCAAUGAAGGGGGGCAGCAAAGUGUUUUUGAGAGGGACUGUACGGAUCUGGACCUGACCCUCAUUGAGGAGAAUUAAUACGGUUCGUGGGAUGUCCAUUCUCCAUCGCCAGCAUCCGAAGCUCUGCUUCCGUUGCCUCAGUCCGCUUCCUCCAUGUGGGAAGGGGCUCUCAGGAACUCGGCUGCCCUUCAGGCGGACACAAGCAGGGUCAAAAAAGAAAAAAAAGAAAAAAAAAAGAUGAGACAUUACCGAGAAGAAUGAAUGCAGAUCGCCCCAUUCGCUGUUCCUGCAAAGGAAUCCAUUCCGUGACCCGGGGAAGUCAGGUGCCGCAAUGCUAACCAAUUGGAGUGCUGGAAAAGCGAGACGUUCCUACGCCGUGUAUUAUGGGUAUAAUGUCCUCCACUAUCCCACUGCGAACUGACAGAGAGGAACAUGGCGGUAGACUGUCGUGGCUGGUGCAGCCAUUCACGUGUUCCUUCCAUCUAUCCACCAUCACUUUCUCCUACUUGUGUGAUUUGGAGUUUAUUUUCUUUUUGUAGCAAAAGACUUUUACUUUUUAUAUACUGGAUUUCUUUUUUUGUUUCCAGUUGUGAAUAUAAAGAGAUGUCUGUACCACAUUGCACACUUCCAUUUCUGCAGUUCUUUCUACCCUCUAUUAAUGUCCCCUGGGAGUCUGCAUAAGCCUUAAGAAAACACCGGAUUUGUUUUCGCAGUAUUACAAAUUGGAACUUGUAGGUGUUCUAUGGGUUAUUUGAUAUUUUCUGCUGUUUUUCUUAAUCUGUAUGACCUCAUUUUUUUGCUGGGAAAAAAAAAUGGAUAAUGGACUGUAUUUGGAAGGUUUAAUGAACUGAAAGAGCUGCCAUUGUAUUCUGAGGGCACAAAGUACUGUUGUGUUGUACAGUGAUUGUUUGGUUAAUACCAUUGUUUUUAUUUUUAUUUAUUUUAUUUGUCAAGGUGCCACCUAGGAGGAGGAGUGAGAUGUUGGUAUCUUUAUGGAGAUUUUUUUUAUGUGUUACAGAAUUGCAGUUUGUGUACAAAUAAAGUUUAUUGAAGAUUAUUUUACAAUGAAAGAGAA